AUGGCGUGGCGCGGCUGCUGCUGCUCCAGCCUGGGUCACCUGAACGAGGAUAACGCCCGCUUCCUGCUGCUGGCCGCGCUCAUCAUCCUGUACAUGCUGUGCGGGGCCGCUGUGUUCUCGGCCAUCGAGCUGCCCACCGAGAGGGAAGCCAAGGAGAAGUGGGAGGAGAGGUUCGUGAACUUCAGCCAGAGGCACAACCUGAGCCGGGCAGAGCUGCAAGACUUUCUCCGGGAGUACCAAGAGGCCAGUGUGGCCGGGAUCCGGGUCGAUGACAUCAGACCCCGAUGGGAUUUUACCGGGGCCUUUUAUUUUGUGGGGACUGUGGUUUCAACAAUAGGGUUCGGGAUGACCACCCCAGCCACCGUUGGAGGAAAAAUUUUUCUGAUAUUUUAUGGCCUUAUAGGAUGUGCAGGGACCAUUUUAUUCUUUAACCUGUUCCUGGAGCGCUUGAUCACGGUCAUAGCCUACAUCAUGAAAUCCUGCCAUGAGAGACAGCUGAGGAGAAAAGGGGUCCUCCCUCAUGACAGCCGGCGAGGCUCAGGGAACUCUGAGGUGGACAGCUUGGCAGGGUGGAAGCCAUCCGUGUACUAUGUCAUGCUCAUUUUAUGUGUAGCAUCCCUCAUCAUUUCCUGUUGUGCCUCUGCAAUGUACACACCGAUUGAAGGGUGGAGUUACUUUGACUCACUUUACUUUUGCUUCGUGGCCUUCAGCACUAUUGGUUUUGGUGACCUGGUCAGUAGCCAAAAUGCCCAGUAUGAAAGCCAAGGCCUUUACCGAUUUGGCAACUUUGUCUUCAUACUCAUGGGGGUUUGCUGUAUCUAUUCCUUAUUUAAUGUGAUCUCAAUUGUUAUCAAACAGUCCAUAAACUGGAUAUUAAAGAAGCUGGAUUGCAGGUGCUGCCCCAGAUGCCAAAGAAAAUUCUUUAGGUCACGGAGGAAUGUUGUGAUGCCAGGGAAUGUGCGGAGCCGGCGGAACAUCUCUAUUGAGACUGAUGGCGUCAAUGAGAGCGACACAGAUGGACGCCGGCUGUCUGGCGAGAUGAUCUCCAUGAAAGAUUUCUUAGCCUCCAACAAAGUGUCACUGGCCAUCAUGCAGAAACAGCUGUCAGAAACUGCCAAUGGCUACCCAAGGCAGUUGAACUCUAGUUCUAAACAUAAUGGAUUCUCUGGCGGGGUAGGAGCCCUAGCGAUUAUGAAUAACAGGCUGGCAGAGACAAGCGUGGAUAGGUAA